CGCAUCCGGACGCUCGCUGGGCUUUGGAAGUUUUUCGCGCUUCAACAACGACUUUUGGUCUUGUUCACUGAACCUCUCAGUUGACUCUCGGGUCAAUUGUUGCCUCCUCUUCGCAUCUCAAUCAUGGCCACCAUCAUCCUGGGCUCCCAGUGGGGAGACGAGGGCAAGGGCAAGCUCACCGAUAUCCUCUGCCCCGAGGUGCGCCUUUGCGCCCGGGCCGCUGGCGGCCAUAAUGCUGGGCAUUCCAUUGUAGCAAAUGGUGUUUCUUACAGCUUCCACCUUUUGCCGUCCGGCCUCGUUAACCCCAACUGCAUCAACCUCAUCGGCUCCGGCGUCGUCUUCCACGUUCCCAGCUUCUUCAAGGAGCUUGGCGAAUUGGAGGAGAAGGGCCUCAAGACCGACGACCGCAUCCUCGUCUCGGACCGCUGCCAGGUCAACUUUGACCUCCAUGCCGCCGUCGAUGGCCUCGAGGAAGUCGAGCUCGGCGCGCGCAAGAUUGGUACCACCGGCCGCGGUAUUGGUCCCUCGUAUAGCACAAAGGCCGCCCGUAGCGGCGUCCGCAUCCACGAAAUCUUCGACGUGCCCACCUUCGAGCGCAAGCUGCGCCAGCUUGCGAGCGGCUACAAGAAGCGCUUUGGCGACCUGCUCAAGUACGACGUCGAGGAGGAGAUUGCGCGCUUCAAGGACUACCGCCAGAAGCUCGCGCCGUACUGCAUCGACGCCGUGCAGUUCAUGAAGCAGGCCCAAGACAGGAACGAGAAGAUACUCAUCGAGGGCGCCAACGCCCUCAUGCUCGACAUUGACUACGGCACGUACCCCUAUGUCACCAGCAGCAACACCGGUCUCGGCGGCAUUUUCACCGGCCUGGCCCUGAACCCCACCAAAAUUGACCGCAUCAUUGGCGUCGUCAAGGCCUACACCACGCGCGUCGGCGAGGGCAUCUUCAAGACGGAGGACCUUGGCGAAGCCGGCACCAAGCUCCAGGAGAUUGGCCGCGAGUGGGGCGUCAGCACCGGCCGCAAGCGCCGCUGCGGCUGGCUCGACCUCGUCGUUCUCAAGUACUCGGUCUCCAUCAACCACUACACGGCCCUCAACCUGACCAAGCUCGAUGUGCUGGACACAUUCCCCGUCCUCAAGGUGGCCGUCGCCUACAAGUCCCCCGAGGGCGAGGAGCUUGACUAUUUCCCCGCCGAUCUGGCCUUCCUCGAGCAGUGCGAGGUCGUGUACAAGGAGUUUGAGGGCUGGCAGAAGCCCACGACUCACGCCAAGACCUUUUAUGAUCUGCCUAAGCAGGCGCGCGAGUAUAUUGAGUUCAUUGAGCAGUACACUGGGGUCAAGAUUGGCUGGAUCGGCACCGGUCCUUCGCGCGAUGACAUGAUUACCCGCGCUCAGUAAGCGGAGCCACGUCUGGAGCUCGCGUGUCCGACGAAACUCGAGGCGGCGUGGGCGGGUGUGACGGAUACAGGUAACCAGGGCAUAGACAUGGGCGCUCUGGCUGGCGCCGAUGCCUGGUGAAUAUGAAGUACUGAAUGGGAUUGUCCGGAACGCAACGGACCGGGAACAUGUCCCGGAUUCGGUGGCUGGUAUAGAACUGGUAGCAAGGAUAGACCUUGUUCGUCUGUUGUACGCUGUCGUGGGCUGUCGUUUAUGUUAUGCCUCUGUCUGGCGUCACCAGCAACUACUAACGUCAGUACUCUCCUGGUGCACUCGACUGGAGAUAUACUUGUCGAGCAAGUUACACCCACCGCCGCCUCGCUGGUCCAAGUUGACAGCGCAAAACUGUUCUGCAAGGUCCACACAGCUGCCAUCAGGUUUGAUGCCAGUGUCGGCCAAGAACUUGCAUCCCUGCAAACCACCCGAAGCAUCUGGGCCCCGCCAGUCUUGG